GCCGGGCCAAGGCGCUGGCGCUGACUGGAGACGACAGGAGCGGGAGCCCUGGCGGCCCUCUCGGGCCGUCGGCGGCGCCGGCCUGGGCUGCGCGGGCGGGCGCGGGCGCGGCAGGGGUGGCUCCAGGCCGGAGGACAAGCCCAUGCCGCCGAUGGGGCCCAUUUUCGGCCAGCAGGCUGGCCUGUGGCCCGGCGCUGGCCAGGGCCGCCAGCACCCGCCUGGCAGGGGCGCCCAUCCGCCCUCGGGCAUGGGCUGGGAGCCGCCGGCGUACGACGGUGGCAGGAUGCGGCAGGGCCGGAGGCAGCAAGGCUCUGGUCUCCCGGCGCCGCCCGCCCCCACGGGGAAGCCCGACCUGGCCGCGCGGCUGCGGGCCGCGAGGGCCAGGCUCCGCCACGUGGAGCCCCCGGAGUGCCUGCGGCUGGACGCGCGCAGCACCGGCCGCGGCCGCGGCAGGGGCGCCAACAGCAGCGGCGGCAGCAGCAGACAGGCCUCCGCCGUGAUGGCCCACUGGGUCCUCCACGACCCCGCUCCCGCGAGAAGCGGGCCCGAGGGCGCCGAGGACCCCGAGCCGGCCCCCGUCGACCUCAGGUCGGUCUCGGUGCGCUUCGAGGGCUCCGUGCCGACGGGCUGCCAGGUGACCAUCGACCUGAACGGUGAGCCGAGCGUGCUCCAGCCUGGAGGUGGUGCGCAGAGGGCGUUCGCGUCCCGGAAGAGGUCGGCCGUGGCCGUGCAGGAGCGGAAGUUCGGGCUUGCCCCGCUGGGAAGCGGUGUCCAGGCCGACCGGGAGGUGCGGGACGAGGACGGCGAGGACGACGAGGAUGCCGACCUGGGCGAAGAUGCGGAGCACCAGAUGGCUGCCACCGCGGCGGCGCCCGCCGGCGAACGCCGGCAGAGGCCGCGGGGGGCCGACGCAGGCGCCGAGCCGGCCACGCCAGCGAGCCUCGCGGCCACGGUGAUGCUGGACUGCUCCGAGCUCACGGUGCGGACGGCGCAGGAGCUCCUGAUGCCGGAGAUCGAGAUCAUU